UUUGCCAGAGCUACUAGACAUUUUGUGAUAACCUGUAUAGCGCUACUAUUUAUUUUAUAUCCACAAGCCUAUUUAAUUGUCCACGGACUAGCUGAUAAAAUGUCGUUAGGGAAGCUUCAGAGACCAAGUGAAAGCCAGAAGAGUUGCACGAACUUGUUAGCUAGAUACUAACGUUAGCUUGCUAUAAUCGCCCAAACAUGUCUGAACAGUAUGGUAGUUACGGACAGCUAGCUAUCACACUAUCGUCUUUUUCAUGUGUUGUGCAUGGUUCAUCUUAUCACCCGGCCAGAUUCUGAAAGGAAACGCAACCGGGGCGGAUCGAGCAGUUGGCAUGAGCCUGGUUGGCUUCAGCCUUCUAUUGUUUACAUACUACACAGUAUGGGUCAUCAUACUGCCCUUCGUGGACAGCGAUCAUGUGGUCCACCAGUAUUUCCUUCCACGGGAGUACUCUGUCAUUCUACCUGGGAUCGCAGCAUUGAUACUGCUGCUCUGUGUAGGUACCUUCAUUGGAGUGGUCACCUGGAAGAACCGCAGGCCUAAGGUGGACUAAGAGGGAUGGUGUCACAGAGACACUAUUAGUUAUACAACAGUAGCUUCACUAGAACCUCCCUGGUUCCAGCUUCUUUCCAACAUUCCAUCGGGAGAAACCAAAAAUAAAGUCUUGACUGCUUCUCUUUGACAGCUGAUGAAAACAUCUAAUGACUGAAAGACAUAAGACAAGACGAAGAGCUGCUGCCACCACAUUCUAUCCCUUCUCCUUAUUCAGACCCACAACCUUGCUGUUGGCAACACAUGGCAGGGAUUGACGUUAAAGUCUGAAAGGCACUUGCCCAUCGGGCAAGUCAGAAGUAUUUUUGGGAUUGCCAUAAGAUUAUGAUAAUUUCCCUGAAAAUGUAAAUUAGUUAUUUACACACACAAGCGCCAUAUAUUGCCUGCCUUUCACCUACACAUAGGGAAGGAAUCAGAAAGAUCAGUACUGGAAUUAUUUGUAUUUUGGUUGUUAUCAAUAAAAACAUUCUCAGAGCAGGCUCAACUUGCCCGACUGCCAUAAAUGCCAUAAAUUGUCUGUCUUUUGCGUAAACAAUGGGAACGAACCAGAAAGAUCAGCUUUAGGCUACUGGAAUUCUUUGCAGUUUGAUUGUUUUCUAUAUGUAUUUAUUUUUUAUCACUUGCCCAAUGGGGCAAACUCAGAGCAGGCCGAAUUUGUGAGACUGCUCAGUUCACUUGCCCCAGGCAAUAGGGCAGCCCUUAAUGUCAAUCCCUGCAUGGCUGCAGAUGCUAUAUUUGUCCGUAAGGGGCAUUGUCACUUUGCCAGGGAUGAAAUCAAUGCGUUGGUAUUCACUUUCACUGUAUGUGGUCAGCCCUAGAUAAAACCUGGCUUCAUAAUGUUUCACUGUGGCAUCCCUUUUCACCACAUUUUGGAUGUCUUUUCAGGCACUGUUUUAAGACUUCAAGAUUUAUUUUGAGUUCUUAUGUUGCUAAGAAUGACCAAUAUCAAUUGUUUAAUUAGUAACUAGUCUACUCAGACUGAAAGGGCCCAAUUGAUAUCCAAGCAUGUUUAUUAUGUCCACACAAGCACUUGGUAUUGUAAAUACUCAGUGUGGCAAAUUAGGGAAUCUGUCAUGCUUUGAAAUACCAUUAAAUGCUUGGCUAGUUCAAGUACAAGAAAACUCAGCAUCUGAUAUGAUAGCCCAUUUUCUAAAGUCUGUUGAGCAAAACAAGAUCUACAAAUGUGGAUGGUGUAUAGGCUAAAGGUCCUUUGUGUUCACGAAAUAAAAAAAAUAUAUUGAUAA